GCAGUAUACAAAAUGUCGGGAGGAGCGGAAAGGUUAAAAACAAAAAGGAAUUUGUCUCCAGGAAGCUCAAAAAUGGCAUGCCAGUUUCGUUGUCUGUGUCUCGAUAUAUAAGAAGUGGAGUAAGGGAUUCAAUCGACCAUCCUUCCUGCUCAGACUGUGGGGAGGGAUUCACUCGGUCAUUUGACCAACUGGCAAGACCAUCAUUUUACACAGGAGAAAGGCCGUUCACCUGCUGAGUGCGAAUGGAUUCACUCGGUUAUCACAAUUGAAGGUUCAUAAGCAGGUUCACACUGGUCAAGGACAUUCACCUGUUCUGUGUGUGAGAAAGGAUUCAGUCAGUCAUCCCACCUGUGGACACACCAGUUAGUUCACACCAGGCAGAGGCUGGUGAUCUGCUGAAUUUGUGGGGAAGGAUUCACUCGGUCAUCAGACCUAAUGGCUCAGCAGCGAGUUCACACUGGAGAGAGGCUGUUCACUUGCUCAGUCUGUGGGAAGGGAUUCACUCGGUCAUCUCACCUACUGGUACAUCAGCGAGUUCAUACUGGGGAAAGGCCGUUUAUCUGCUCAGUCUGUGGGAAGGGAUUCACUCAGUCUGCCAACCUCCAUAGUCAUGAGCGAGUUCACACUGGGGAGAAGCCAUUUACCUGCCUAGAAUGUGGGAAGAGAUUCACUCAUGCUUCUACCCUGCAGACUCAUCAGCGAUUUCACACAGGGGAGAAGCCGUUCACUUGCUCAGUCUGUGAGAAGAGAUUCACUCAGUCAUCUGACCUACUGUGUCACCAGCGAAUUCACACUGGAGAGAAGCCACUCACCUGCUCAGAAUGUGGGAAGGAAUUCACUCGGUCAUUUGACCUAAUGGCUCACCAACAAGAUCACUCUGUGGAGCGCCCAUACACCUGCUCGAACUGUGGGAAGGGAUUCAAUUUGUCAUCUAAGCUACUGAUACAUCCUCAUGUUCACAGUGGGGAGCCGUUCACCUGCUCAGUCUCCGGUAUGAGAUUCACUGAUUCAUCCACCCUACAGCGUCACCAACGAGUUCACACUGGGGAGUGGCUGCUCACCUGCUCAGUCUGUGGGAAGGGAUUCACUAGGUCAUCCCGCCUACUGGUACAUCAGCGAGUUCACACUGGGGAGAGGCAAUUCACCUGUUCAGACUGUGGGAAGGGAUUCACUCAGUCAUUCAAUCUGCAGAGUCAUCAACGAGUUCACACUGGGGAGAAGCCAUUCACCUGCUCAGAAUGUGGGAAGGGAUUCACUCGGUCAUUUGACCUAAUGGCUCACCAACGAGUUCACACUGGUGAGCGGCCAUUCACCUGCUCAGUCUGUGGGAAGGGAUUCACUCAGUCAUCCAACCUGCAGAGUCAUCAGCGAGUUCACACUGGGGAGAAGCCGUUCACCUGCUCAGAAUGUGGGAAGGGCUUCUCUCAUUUAUCCAACCUACAGAGACAUCAGCGAGUUCACACUGAGGAGAAGCUGAUCACCUGCUCAGUCUGUGAGAAGGGAUUCACUUGCUCAUCUACACUGAAGGUACAUCUGUGAGUUCACACUGGGGAGAAGCCGUUCACCUGCUAAGAAUGUGGGAAAGGAUUCACUCAGUCAUCCCAACUACUGGCACAACAGUCCAUUCACACUAGGGAGUGGCCGUUGUUAUGAAUCCCUGGGUUUCUUUUGCUGUGGACUGUCACUUUAAGAGAGAGAUAGAUUACGAAGAUGAAUCAGAAUGACUUGCAGCUUGUUUAGUUUUAACCAAGGACACAGACAUUCAUAGUCAGA